AUGAUAUUCUCAGGAGAGUUCCAUCCAUUCCGGUUACCUGUCCCAGACCUCUGGCUAGAUGUGUUUCAGAAGAUCAAGAGCAUGGGCUUCAAUGGAGUUUCGUUCUAUGUGGACUGGGGUCUGGUCGAGGGCAACCCAGGUCACGUCUCGACAGAUGGCAUAUGGAGCCUGGAGGAGUUCUUCGACGCUGCUACCCAAGCCGGCAUUUAUCUCAUUGCUCGACCGGGUCCUUACAUCAAUGCAGAGACUUCAGCAGGAGGAAUUCCUGGAUGGGUUUUACGAAAGAAUGCCACCAUCCGAUCAGACGACCCCGAGUAUCUCAAUGCAACCGUCAAUUACUUGUCCACUGUGGGUAGAAUAAUUGAAAAGGCACAAAUCACCCACGGAGGUCCAGUGAUAUUAGUGCAGCCCGAGAACGAAUUUUCCACUUGGCCUGGUGUGACUGAUUUCCCUUCAUCGAUGAAUCGAAGAUAUAUGGACUUUGUGGAACAGCAGCUCCUUGACGCCGGCAUCACUGUUCCACUCAUUGUCAAUGAUAAUGAGGCAAUGGGCUACUGGGCUCCAGGAUCUGGUCUGGGCGCGGUAGACAUCUAUGGAAUUGAUUCCUACCCCCUACGUUACGACUGCGCUCAUCCGACUGUCUGGCCGACUUACAGAUUCCCAUUUGAUUGGCAGGUCGUUCACGAACGUGAAAGUCCUGAAACGCCGUUUGCGAUUGCCGAAUUCCAGGGAGGUUCUGGAGAGGGAUGGGGAGGGGUUGCGGAAGAGAUGUGUGCAGACCUUGUAAACGCAGAGGCUGCCAGAGUUGUCUACAAGAACAAUUACAGUUUUGGCGUGAAGCUUUUCAACAUAUACAUGACGUACGGUGGCACAAACUGGGGGAACCUUGGUUAUCAGGCCGGGUAUACGUCCUACGACUACGGCGCAGCCAUCACAGAAGAAAGAGGCCUUUGGCGCGAGAAAUACAGUGAGCAGAAAUUGGAAGCAAACUUUUUGAAGGUGUCGCCAGCAUACCUGACUGCGACAUCGAAGUUGGGUGUCAACGGUUCGUAUGGAGCGCCGGCUUCGAUCGCAGUCACCCCGCUACUCGGGAAUGGCACACAGACGAAUUUCUACGUGGUCAGACAUGCCGAUUUCAGCUCCCUUGCCAAUGCUCAGUAUAACCUGAUUGUCUCCACGAGCGUCGGAAAUGUCAGCAUCCCUCAGCUGGGAGGCAGUCUGUCCCUCAAUGGGCGUGAUUCCAAAAUUCAUGUCACAGAUUAUGAUCUUGGCGGCAUCAACUUGAUUUACUCGACAGCAGAAAUAUUCACAUGGGCAAGGGGAUCCGGAUCGACACGAGUCUUGGUUCUGUAUGGCGGUGUUGGCGAAACACACGAGUUUGCUGUCGCACGUCAUCUUGGCAAUCCGACUAUAAUUGAGGGUGAGGAUAUCUCAUUCCACGAGAAAGGUUCAACCUGGGUAAUACGCUGGCAAGUUGGGCGCAACCGUUGUGUUAUUCAUGUCUCAAAUUUGGAGAUAUACCUUGUUUGGCGCAACGAAGCGUACAACUAUUGGGUUUUGGAGCUGCCGUCGUCGCACCCGAUCGGGAAUUUUUCGUCGCCUUCCAAAGAGCUGGUUGUCGUCAAGGGUGGGUACCUUAUUCGCAGUGCUAAGUUGGUUGACAAGCACCUCUGGCUGUCUGGGGAUGUCAACUCGACAACAGAGAUUGAAGUCAUCUCUACGCCGGUCGGGCAAUUGGAUGGAUUGAUCUUCAAUGGACAGCAAAUGAAGACAUCGCCCACAAAGACGGGCAAAGUUUCAGCUGUUGUCGAAUACCAUCCACCGACGCUUGACAUUCCUGCCUUGAAUGAUUUACAAUGGAAAUACAUAGACUCGCUCCCGGAACUCAAAUCAUCCUACAACGACUCUGCUUGGCAGUCCUGCGACAAACUCGUCUCCCACAAUCCUCGGAAACUGGACACGCCCACGAAUUUGUAUGCAAUGGAUUACGGCUUCCAUACUGGAUCUUUGCUUUACCGUGGCCACUUUUCCGCAAAUGGACUUGAAUCUUACAUUUGGCUCAACAUCUCGGGAGGAACUGGAUUCGGUCAUUCUGUCUGGCUGGAUGAUACAUUCCUUGGAUCGUGGCCUGGCACAGGCUCAGACGCUACGAUCACACAGAAUCUCACAAUUCCAACGACCUUAUCUUCCGGAACUCAACACGUUAUCUCCAUACUGAUCGACAACAUGGGCCAGGAUGAGGAAGCGCCGGGUACAGAUGCAAUUAAGUUCCCUCAUGGCAUUCUCGGAUACCAGCUAUCCAACCAUGUGCAAUCGGAUGUAGCUUGGAAAUUGACCGGCAACCUUGGUGGUGAACAAUAUCGCGAUUUGGCCCGUGGCCCCCUCAAUGAAGGUGCUAUGUAUGCCGAGAGACAAGGUUAUCACUAUCCCAAUCCACCCAAUUCUCACUGGGAAGUGUCAAGCCCUUUCAAGACCGGAUUAUCCAAGGCCGGGGUUGGAUUUUACACAACGACCUUCCGUCUCGACUUUCCCGAUGGCUGGGAUGUCCCCUUGAGCGUUGUGCUCAACAAUUCCACCGCAGGCGAUUCCACUCAGAAAAAUUCCGGAAUCAAUUAUCGCUGCCAACUCUACAUAAACGGAUAUCAAUAUGGAAAGUAUAUCAACAACCUCGGACCCCAGAAGUCAUAUCCAAUUCCGGAGGGUAUCCUCAAUCACAAUGGUCUCAACUACAUAGCGUUGACUCUUUGGGCCCAGGAUCCUCUGGGAGCUAGACUCGGUGGUUUGGAUUUGGCACCAAGUAUGCUCAUUCGCUCCGACUACGCCAAACCACGACCUGCACCUCAACCAACUUGGGAGCCUCGAUUGGGCGCGUACUAG